CACUCAUACAGCUCGAGGUAACACCAGCUGACCCCGAGCGCCCUUUGCUCAUCUUGCUCCUUUCAUUCUUUCUCUUCAGACUCUCUCACAUCCAACGAACUCCAUUGCAAAGAUGGAUCCAGCGAUCGACCACCUCCUCAGCCUGCAAGCCGUCCGCGAAAGAGCCCACAUCGUCUUCGACCUCGCAAAGCAGGGCCUCCUCAACCAUUUCGACUACCAUCUUGAUCGGCUCGAUGCUGUCGUUGAGUAUGUUAUUGGGAUUAUUCAGCGCGACUUCGGCCCAAACAACUUCCACUCCAUCCCCCCGCACGGCCGCUGGCAGCACUUUGACGUCGGAAACGUCCCCCGGAUCCAAAAACUAAUAUCGCAAUGGGACGCAGCGGGCUACGACGCCGUGGAGAAGGUGCGAAGCCUAGUCGAUCUCUUCUUCGUCUCGGUCCUUCUCGAUGCGGGCGCUGGUGAUCGCUGGAAGUUUACGGAGCCGGGCACGGGGAAUGUGUAUACGCGGAGUGAGGGGAUUGCGGUUGCGUCGUUGUACAUGUUUCUUGAUGGGGAUUUUUCGGUUGUGGGCAAGCGGGAGGAAGGGGGAAGGAGGGAUCUUGUUGAUGGUGCGGCGCUGAAGGCUAUCACGGUUGAGACGCUGUACAAUGGCUUCCAGAUCGACGAGGAGAAUCCGCUUGUUGGUGCGGAGGCGAGGGUUGAAAUACUGCAGAGGCUCGGUCAGUCGCUGCUGGAUAACGAGGAUAUCUUUGGUCCGAGCGGGAGGCCGGGGUUGCUUGUUGACUACCUGAAACGCAGCGGCGGAGGUGUCGACGAGCUCGACUACGCCCUCCUCUGGAGCACACUGCAGAAACUGCUCAUUCCAAUCUGGCCAUCCGAUCGGACAAGAGUAGCCGGGAAGCCGGUCGGCGACGCAUGGCCGCUGAGCGUCUUAGCAAAGCACAAACACGACACUGCAUCUGCAUCCGCGUCAAACGAGCCCGCAGAACCAGAACCAGCAACGAUCCAACCCUUCCACAAACUCACCCAGUGGCUUGCCUACUCGCUAAAAGUCCCCUUUGAACGUCUCCUCUCGACAACCUGGGCCAACGCCGAGCUCGGCACCGGCCUGCCCGAGUACCGAAACGGAGGACUCUUUGUCGACCUUGGUGUCAUCACGCUGAAGCCAAGCGCCUUGGAGAAGGGCCUCCAGACGUCCGGGGGCGAACUGCCCUGCUUCGGGGCGGGAGACGACGAGAUUGUCGAGUGGCGCGCGAUGACGGUUGCACUGCUCGACGAACUACAUCAACGUAUUCUGGCGAGUGGAAAGUUCGGAGAUGUGAAACUGACGCUGCCGCAGGUGUUGGAGGCCGGGUCAUGGAAGGCUGGUCGCGAGAUCGCGGCGCAGAAACGGCCAGAAACCAAGUGUAGUCCGAUCCUGAAUUCGGGUGAUGGGACGCUGUUUUAGUUUAGUAUCGUCACAUAUACAAGAGCCAUGAGAUUGCAAUCAUGUUUCAUCCUCCAUCAGAGUGAACUGUAAGGAAAGACCAGCAUGGGAACCUAGCUCCAUGCACUCGUCUACCCUGUAAGGCGGUCC